GAGAGGACCACCAUCCUAGAACUACACUCAGCAAGAACGGUAGCAUCAGCUCUUUAAAGAUUAACAAAAACAAAAGCUGCCCGAAACGGUGACGGAGGAGCAGAAGGAGAGGGAUUGUGGCAAAUGGGAGUCGAGUUGAAUGUGUGAUCUGGAAGUUACAGCCGAUGCUGUUGGAGCUUUGCCUGCCAAAGCCUUGGAGCUACGUCAGAGCCAUGAAGCUUACCGGGGCCAUUCUUAAGCUGGAGUACACUGAUUGCAGCACAGAUGUGGAACAUUUAAACGACAUCAUGCUGAUACCACUACAAACAGACGCCACAGUGUCGGCACCCACCUUGUCUCUGCCCCAGUGCGAUGGAGGUAAGACUCCGUGUUCCAUAUGCGCAGACAGAGCCACAGGAAAACACUACGGUGCAUCCAGCUGCGACGGCUGCAAGGGCUUCUUCAGGAGGAGCAUUCGCAACAACCACACAUACAACUGCAGGUUCAACAGGCAGUGUGUUGUGGACAAAGACAAAAGGAACCAGUGCCGCUACUGCAGACUACGAAAGUGCUUCAAGGCUGGAAUGAGAAAAGAAGCUGUUCAGAAUGAGAGAGACUGCAUCAACACUCACAGAGCCAAAGGACAGACAGUGGGCACUCUGUGCAUCAGCGUGCUGCUGCGGGCAGAGGCCAGUGUGCAACAGUUCCCAGCGCUGCUCUCACCUGCGAGUCCCGACAUCAACACCAAGAAGACAGCCCGCGUGGGGGACGUGUUUGAGUCCAUGAAGCAGCAACUCCUCCUGCUGGUGGAAUGGGCGAAACACAUACCAGAGUUCUGUAGCCUCCCCAUAGAUGACAGGGUAACACUGCUGCGAACCCACUCUGCAGAGCAUCUUAUUCUAGGGGCAGCCAGACGCUCGCUACCUUACAACCACAUCAUUCUUCUUGGUAAUGACUUUGUGAUCCCCAUGAGUGGUGCAGAGAUAGAGGUGACCAGAGUGGCUUUCAGAAUCCAAGAGGAGCUGGUCAAACCUCUCAGAGAGCUGGACAUCUCAGACAAAGAGUUCGCUUGCCUCAGAAGCAUCGUAUUCUUCGCCCCAGACUGUCCGGGCCUAGAGAGUCCCCAAGUGGUUCGACAUCUGCGUCUCCAGGCCCACCUCCUGCUAGAGGAAGCGACCAGCGAGCAGCGGGGAAGGUUUGGGGAGCUCCUGCUGAUCCUGCCUCCCCUGCAGAGCGUGGCCUGGCAGAUGGUGGAGACUCUCCAUUUAGCACAGCUGCUGGGUGAAGCCAGAAUGGACAGCCUGCUGCUGGAGAUGCUGCUGGGGGAGGGAACCAAAACAGAACCUGGACUGUGCGCAGGCGAUGAUCUCACUCAGGAUCAACAAAUUGGCCUGAGAGCUUCAUCGACCAACUUCACGUCUGUGAUUUCUCACGUUUCAACAUCUCUUACAAGUGGAUUCCCUGCUGCCCACACAGACUGGCACUGAGGUGUACAGACACGGAGAAACCUGCCAGCGUGCCCACGACAUACCAGAAACACCUGUCCACACACCGACAAACAAUUCAAUAAGCGACAACAAUUUAAGCAAGGGGUUGAAGGAGUAUUAUGAGCCUGACAGAGAUAAAAUGAAACUUCAGACACAAAUGCAGUAUUAUUUUCAUUCACAUCGUUAUUUGUAUACUACAGGGAAAAGAGAAAACAAGUUGUCUGUCCAGUCAGUGUUGAAUAAAAUGUUGAAUUUUAUGUUA